AAAUGUUUUAAUUUGUUGUAAUUGCUUUGAUACUAUAAAAAGGAUAUGGUUAGUUAGGUUAGGAUGAUGCUGAUUAUUAUGAUUAGUAUGAACCUGAUAUAGUUGAAAUAACAGAUGAAGGCACAAAUUCAGGUUUAAGUUCAUCAAAUUUAUAAAAGUUUGUGCCUUUAUAAGAUGCUGAAAUUUGUAUAGAAUCAAAUUGUGCUGAAGAGAUUAUUGCAUGUAAACAUAAUGAAGAUUGUUUUGGUAAUUAUGGUAGGUUUUAAAUCUGUUAUAAUAAAACUCUUUCAUUUAAGAACUGCAAAGAACCAUUAUUAAAUAGUACAAUAUCUACAGUGACAUUUGAAUUAUAAGAUUUAAUGGAAUGCUAUAAUCUAUGUGGUUGGUCUAAAACAAAAGGGUUAAAUGGAUUAUUGAUAAACUUAUUAUUUGGGUUAGUUUUGUUGUUAUUUUGA